UAUAUAUUAUGUGCUGCGGGGAGGACGAUUGCAAGUGCAGGCCGCUGGGGUUCCUGCUGGGGCUGCCAUUCGCCUUCUUGUCGCUGCUGCUGUCGGUGGUCGGCGUUGUGAUAUGGAUCGUGGGUCUGCUCUUGACGUGCGUUUUCCCGUGCUGCUUGUGCGUGACGGUGAUCGUGGAACUGGCCCUCGCGCUCAUCAAGGCCCCCUUCCUCGUCUUGAAGUGGUUCACUGACCAGAUCCCUUGCUAGAAGGGGGCGAUG